AUGUCAAAAGAUGAAAAAAAUAUGUUUUUAUUAGGUAUUCUUAAUGCAUUAGUUAGAAAAGAAACUACAAAAAAUAAUAUUAACAAAAAAUAUUUAACAAAUGAAUAUCAAUUUGAUGGAAAUCAUAUUUGUUUAGAAGCUUUUUUAUUAAUGUAUAAUGUUUCAGAAUGGAAAUGGAAAUCAAUUCAUCGUCAUUUUAAUGAAAAAACAAAACCUAUUAUUUUUCUUCCAGCAACUGAUAAUUAUUUAAGUUUAUUUCAUUUAUAUAAUUCAAUAAUUUCAAAUACUUCUAAUAUAUCAAUUA